GAUGUGGUGUGGGCCAAGUUAGAAGGAUAUCCAUGGUGGCCUAGUUUAAUUUGCAAUCAUCCAACAUUGGAAAAAUUCUUCAAAGGAGGGAAAACUCCAGAGGUUCAUGUUCAAUUUUUUGACAAUCCAACUAGUAGAGCUUGGGUCAAAGUAAGAAAUAUAAGGCCAUUUAAAGGAUCUAAAGAUGUUGAAUGUCAGAAAGGGGGAGUGUUUUAUACAGUUAAUACCAGUAUAUUUGGUCCAGGUUUAGAGCAAGGUGAUAAAGCUUUAGAAAUGGAGAGAUCUAAGAGAAGUGAGUUAUUAGUAGAAUUACAACCUUCUACUGAAAUAUUCGAUGAUGAGAUGAGUGAAAAUGAAGGUAAUAAUAGUAAAGAAAACCAUAAUAACUCAACAGAAGUUACAACUGAAAAAAAGGUUUUCAAAAGAAAUAGUAGACCAGAACGUUCAGUAAAAUCUCAAAAGAAGAGAAGAAGAAUUAUGCCCUCUGCUGACAGUGAUGAGGAAUCUGGUGAUGAGUUUAAACCUGCUAGUGAUGAUAGUGGAGAUGAGUCAGCUAGUUCUGGUGUUGAUGAAGAUGAUGUUUCAGACGCUGAUGUACAUUCAGAACCAGAAUCACCGAAAAGAAAACGUGAAAGUCAACCUAACAGAAAUAAGAAAGUUAAGAAGGAAGAUGAUAAUAGUGAGAAGAAAUCGAGUUAUCAACCAAAUGUAUCUAUUAAUACCAAAUCUAAACUGUCUCUAUUCUCGGCACCUGACUCGGUAAGAAAUUUGUGCAGGGUCAAUGAAUCUGGUAGUGGAGAUGGUAACAAUUUCCCUCAUCUUAAAUUCGACUUCCUUCAACCAGAAAAUAUCAGAGAUAUUAAAGGAAGAAAGAAGUCUGAUCCAGAAUAUGAUCCACGAACUCUUCAUCUUCCUGAUGGCUUCCUUAAGAAACAAACUCCAGCUAUGAGACAAUGGUGGGAACUAAAAUCACAAUAUUUUGAUACAGUCUUAUUUUUCAAGAUGGGUAAAUUUUAUGAAUUGUUUCAUAUGGACUCUGUGAUUAUUGUCAAUGAAUUAGGUCUGAUUUAUAUGAAGGGAGAUUAUGCUCAUUCAGGAUUUCCAGAAAUAGCGUAUAAUCGUUACGCUGACGCUCUAAUUGGUAAAGGAUAUAAAGUAGGUCGGUGUGAGCAGACAGAAACACCAGAUAUGAUGGCUGAAAGAUGUAAACAAACUUGUGGAGCUACUAAGUUUGAUAAAGUAGUUAAAAGAGAGUUAUGUCAGAUCGCUACUCAGGGUACUAAAACAUACCAACAUUUAGAUGGUGAUUGUACUAGUUCACAAAGUACCUAUUUACUAGCUAUAGCUGAAAAGUGUAACAGUAGUGAUGAUUGUAGUUUGUAUGGUGUAUGUUUUGUUGAUACAUCAAUAGGACUCUUUCAUAUUGGUCAGUUUAAAGAUGACCGGCAUUGUUCUAGAUUACGAACAUUAAUAGCUCAUUACUGCCCCUCUCAGGUUUUAUAUGAAAGAAAUAAGCUGUCUCAACAUACCAAUAGCCUCCUCAAUACCAAUCUUACCUCGGUCAUUAAAGAGUCCUUGUCGUCCGGUAGUGAAUUCUGGGAUAGCAGUAAAACAUUGAAAUUCCUAGCAGAAGGUGAUUACUUCAAGGAAAAUGAUGAAUUUGUGUGGCCAAACAUCUUAAAAACAAUGUUAGCUGAUGGUGACAGUAUGGGUAUGACAGCUAGUGAUAACUAUGAGCUAGCUAUAAGUUCUCUAGGAGCUAUGACUUGGUAUCUACAGUACUGUUUACUGGAUGAAGAGUUAUUGUCUAUGAGAAAGUUUGAAGAAUAUAAACCAUUAGAUGAAACUGUUAAAUCUAAAGAUAGAUCUGCUGUACUUAAUCAAAAACACAUGGUAUUAGAUGGUAUUACACUGACUAAUUUAGAUGUUGCAGAGAAUACUGUGUAUGGUGAUCAACAAGGGACAUUACUCCAACAGCUUAACUUCUGCUCAACACCUUUUGGUAAAAGAUUAUUUAGAAAUUGGCUAUGUGCUCCAUUGUGUCGCACUGAAGGUAUAAACGAUAGAUUGAACGCUGUAGAAGAUUUGAUGGCUAAUCCAGAAUUAACAGAAGAUAUUGUAGAAAUACUGAAAAAACUACCAGAUAUAGAAAGAUUACUUAGUCGUAUCCAUGUAUUAGGAUCAGCUAAUCGUAGUAAAAGUCACCCAGAUAGUAGAGCUAUAUUAUAUGAGGAAGUUACUUACAGCAAGAAGAAAAUAGAAGAUUUUUUAAGUACUCUUGGAGCUUUUAAAUCCUCAUUGAACAUCAUUAAACAAUGUAAAAAAAGUUCAGACAACUUCAAAUCAAAGAUAUUAAAAAAGAGUGUUACCAUGGAAACUGAUGGCGGCCAUUUUCCUGAUAUCCAUGAAAGUUUGAAAUUUUUUGAUGCUGCAUUUGACCAUGAUAAAGCUCGUAAAGAUGGUAUUAUUAUACCUAGUAAAGGAGUGGAUGAAGAAUAUGAUACAGCUACUGUUGAUAUCUUAUCUAUUGAAGAUAAACUCAAUUCCUAUCUUGAUUCUCAGAGAAAAGCUUUAAGUUGUAGGGCGAUGGUAUAUUGGGGUAGUGGUAAAAACAGAUAUCAAAUGGAAGUACCCGAGGUAGCUGUUUGCCGAGUUCCCAAUAAUUAUGAAUUGAUGUCAUCAAAGAAAGGUUGGAAACGAUAUAGAACUACAGAAAUAGAAGAAAUGUUUACAGAACUAACAGAUGCUGAAGAUCGUAAAGAUACAGCUCUCAAAGAUGUCAUGAGAAGAUUGUUUUAUAGUUUUGAUGAAAGACAUAAGAAAUGGAGUGGUGUGGUAGAAUGUUUAUCUGUAUUAGAUGUAUUAGUAUCUAUGUGUAAAUAUAGCCAAUGUACAGAUGGUGCCAUGUGCCGUCCUGAAUUUAUUACACCAGAUACUGAUACAGAGGCUUUUAUAGAGAUAAGAGAAGGAAGACAUCCUUGUAUCUGUAGAACAUUUGGUGGUAGUGAUUUUAUACCUAAUGAUACAGUUAUAGGAAUCAAAGAUGAAGAAGAUGAAGAAACUAGUUGCCAUGACAACAGUAAGGUAGUCUUAGUAACAGGACCAAAUAUGGGUGGUAAAUCUACCUUAAUGAGACAAGUUGGUUUGAUAACAAUCAUAGCUCAAAUGGGAUGUUACGUACCAGCUGAGAAAUGUAGAUUAACACCUAUAGAUAGAAUAUUUACCAGACUAGGAGCUAGUGAUAGAAUUAUGUCAGGUGAAAGUACAUUUUUUGUGGAGUUAAGUGAAACAUCAUCUAUAUUACAACAUGCAACCAAACAUUCUUUAGUUUUAGUUGAUGAAUUAGGUCUAGGAACAGCUACCUAUGAUGGUACAGCUAUAGCUUGUUCAGUAGUAGAAGAACUAUCUCAAAACAUCUCCUGUCGAACUCUCUUCUCAACUCACUAUCAUUCACUAGUAGAACAAUUUAGUCAUGAUCACAAUGUCCGACUAGGUCACAUGGCAUGUAUGGUAGAAAAUGAAACAGAAGACCCUUCACAAGAAACAAUCACAUUUCUAUAUAAAUUCAUCAAGGGAGCAUGUCCUAAAAGUUAUGGAUUCAAUGCUGCAAGACUGGCUGAUUUGCCAGAAGAGGUAAGAGAUACGAUUAUUUUCUGUUUUGAAUAUACAUCCCUUCAAGCAAGACAAUUUCAUAAAUCAAAAAUCUUGUCCAAACAAUGUCAAAAUGGGGAGUAA